GUAUUAUUUAUUUCAAAGUUAGGUAAGGUUUCCUGUUUAAUACAUAUACACCAAACGUUUUGACAUGUGCAGCGUGUAAAAUAUAUAUAUAUAUAAAAUAAAAUAAGAUUACAAUGGACCAAUCAUGUUUUGUCCUUCUCUUACCCAUAGCUCGCGUUCCAGUAUUUUCCAACCAAAAACUUUCCUCCAUUGUUUCCAAUUAACAGCUUCACCACUUUAACAAAUUUUCAAUCCCAGCAGCCCUUUGGUGCAAGACCAACUCGAGGGACCAUGGUGGUGAAGGAAAAUGGUGCAAAGGAGCAAAUCGUGUGGAUUAAGGGUGUGGAAGAGAAACCCAUGCUGUAAGUUUCAAGGCCCCUCGCCGGCGUUCAUGGUCACCAGUCACCAUAGGACUAACGGGAAGUGACUCCUAAUGACCCCAGCUACCCAAAUCGGCCAUUAGGACUUGGUUCCAUGGAGUUCCGAUGAGAUUAAGAGAAAGAGGAGAGAGAAAGUUGAGGCAGUGAACUUUCUGGCCGUUUUCCCGGCGAUCCGUCCGUCGGAUAAAAAUCUGAGACCACCGAUGGACUCAGAAUGGCGAAAUAUUUGAGAUAGGACUGGUCCCGCUUUCCGUGGCCGUUCCUUCUUCAUUCAUGGUUGCAGACUAUGAUUUUAAUUUCUACCUGCAUGUUUAUAAAAUGCAAGCCAUAUUUGCGUCAUCCAGGGUUAUAUGGAAAGCUGAACUGUAACAGUUAAAAGAAUUCAAUUAGAAAUGAAAAAUUCUUAUCCAAAUACGUGUAAAUGUGCAUUUCCACUGUGAUUAUCUUUUUUUAGUCAUGUAAUUAUCGCUUGUUAAUCGACCUUUAAAUGACAUCAAACCAGAGCUGCAUCAUCCAUGCGGGUUUGGGCUGACAUCUAUAACAUUUCUUUCCUAGAAGUGGAGAUUAACAAAAAUAAGAAUAAAGUAAAAGAUACACAUGCUUAUGUCAAUUGAGACAUUUGCUUAGAACUUUUAUGAACUUUGACCUUUUUUUUCCAGGUAUUAUUAAAUUUGUUAUACUUCUAUGGUAUGUGUGGUGUACUGAAGGAGUGCCUUAUCCAGCGCUACUUCAGUAAGGAAAUUAGGUGUGGUGUGCAUGGCGCAGAAUCAGACAUCAUUCAAGCAUGUAGAAGGUUGCUGGAUGAGAGGCAAAGUUUGAAUGUCAUGCGCUUUCUUCAAGCAAUUAAUGAGAGACAUGACCUUACAGACGGCUUGAAGGAGUUGCAAUGCAAGACGCUUAUUUUUGUGGGUGAGAGUAGUCAGUUUCGCGAUGAAUCUGUAUAUAUGAGUGCCAAAAUGGGCAAGAAAAUAUGUGCUCUUGUUGAGGUUCAGGCAUGCGGCUCACUAGUGACAGAAGAACACUCAUAUGCCAUGAUAAUCCCUAUGGAAUUCUUUCUAAUGGGAUUUGGCUACCACAGGCAACCUCAUUUUGCUUCCUCAUCAAGUAAUGGCUCCAACCCAGCCAGUCCCUUGAGCCAUUUUUGUAUAGCACCAGAACUUCUGUCUCCUGAGAGUUUGGGGAUCAAGCUCAAGCCAAUCAAAACACGUGUGAACAUUAAAGUUUCAUGUGUUGAAAUGAUUUCAUGA